AUGUCGUCCCCCGGCCCCUUCUUCCGGAACUUCUCCAACAAAGAGAACUCCACCUUCACCACUUCCCCGCUCUUCACCUCCACCCCUUCAGCCGGCCCAUCAACGCACAAACCUCGGGUAGGCGGUGUCGGUAAAGCUCCCAAGCGCUCUCGCGACGGCCACAGCACCAAGCCAUACCAGCGCAAUGCCUCGACUGCGCGCGCGAAAGCAAGGGCGACUUCACCGGUGAAAGGCGGGACGGAGGGGAAGGGAGCUCCAAAGCAGAAGGGAAGACCAGCGCCAAUCAUCACUUCGGUACCUAUGAUGAGGGUCAUACAGCCCCCUCGUCCCGUCAUUCGAGUCGCCAACAUCCCAGUCCGGCUGCCUCGCCCGCGUGUUCCGCCUGUCAUGUCUUUGCCUGGAGAGAUGAGCCAUAUCCCUAUCGAGUGGGCCCUCCCCCGUCUCAGAUCACACUUCCCUGCCUUGCUCGCCGUAUCUUCCCAGUACCGUCCCCAGCCCGAGCACACUCGCCCCUCCGCGUCUCCCUCCGCGUCUCAGCGCACUUUCGCCUUUGCCAUCCCGCAACUCACCGCCGACUCGGAAGGCAACGCCGAGCUAGAGGCCAAGAUCAAGGGGAGGCAGCCGGACGUGUGUUUGGCUAUCAAGGGGAAAGGCCACGAGGGUGGUGCAGCGAGAUUGUUACCCGUCAACUCGCUCGUAUACGCUUCCCAAUGCUCCUACUGGCCCCGCGAGACCGAAACCUCCGCUGCCAACUCCACCGCCGAGUCUGACCCCUCCAGCUCCACCCUCCCCGUCAUCGCCGAAGAGUCCUCGGACGAGCAGGCCAGCUCAUCCGACUCUGACGCGACCAUCACCCCCGCCAACCGCUCCUCUCCCCCAUCACCUACCGACAGCCCAUCCUCUUCUUCCUCUUCCGACUCGGAGUCCGACACUCCCGCAUCCACAUCGCACAUCCUCCACCUCCCCCUUCUGGCCCUGACGAUCCCCCAUCCUGCCUCCUUUCCCACUCUCCACACACACCUUCAUCUUCCCACUCGACCGCUCAUCCCCUCCCUCCUCGCCCUCCCGCCCACAUGCCUCACCCUCGCCGACGCGGCCGCCGAGCUCGACAAGCAAGGCAUGGACGUCCUCAUGCACCGCCUCGAGUACAUGCAUGGGUUCUGGUCCAACUUGUGCGCACUGGGGAUCAGCGGCGAGUCGAGCUGGAAGGGGUUGGGCGAGGCGUGGGGGUUGGUGAUCGCUGCGGUGGCGAAACGGUCCAGGCCUGUCGGCGGCGAGGUGCAGGGGCAGGAGCAGGAUGAAGAGAUGAGCUCGAUCAAGGAGGAGCCGAUGUAUAUCGCUCCUGCCAAGGGUCAUAGAAAAGUAUAA